UAGAAUAAUACCCAUAUUGUUUUGCUAAAAUCAAAUUGCUAAACUUCAAAUUUAGUGACGAAACCUCGUUUAGGUAACGGUUUAUGACUUUUAUUUUGACAAGCAACUAGGGACAGUUUGUAGGUGUUGUGGCUGUGUGCUUCUGGCUUCAGCUCCUCCUGACUCGGUGUCAUUACUGUAAACACAUUGACAGUAGUGUGAUCAGGACAUGGACAGGAUGGCCUCCUCGUCCUGUGAGAAACCUGCAGGCAUUAAAAAGAAAAACGAAAAGAAAAUCGCCUCCAAGGAGGAGUAUAGACUACUGUCUAAUAUAAUGGGAAUGAUGAAUAACUUGAGAAAGCAGGGAAUCUUGUGUGAUGUUAUACUGGUGGUACAGGGCAAACACAUCCUCGCACACAGAGUGGUCCUGGCCGCCGCGAGUCACUUCUUCAACCUCAUGUUUACCAUCUCUGCCACAGCCAAUAUGAUGGAGUCGACAAACCAUGAGGUGGAGCUCGGAGGUGCAGAGCCUGAGAUCAUCGAGCUGCUGGUGGAAUUUGUCUACACCGCUCGCAUCUCUGUCAACAGCAACAAUGUCCAGUCUCUACUGAAUGCUGCUAACCAGUACCAGGUAGAACCAGUCAAGAAAAUGUGUGUGGAUUUUCUGAAAGAGCAAGUGGACGCGACUAACUGCCUCGGUAUCAGUGCAUUGGCUGAGUGCCUUCACUGUCCUGAGCUGAAGGCUGCAGCAGACGAGUUCAUCCAUCAGCACUUUACUGACGUGUACAAACUGGAUGAGUUCCUACAGCUGGACGUGAAGCAGGUCACACAUCUGCUGCACCAGGACACGCUGACCGUCAAAGCUGAAGACCAGAUCUAUGAUGCCGCAGUGCGGUGGUUAAAGUAUGACGUGUUGAAUCGGCAGAAGUACAUCGUGGACAUACUGAGCAAAGUUCGCUUCCCACUCGUCUCCAAAAACUUCCUGAGUAAGACCGUGCAGGCCGAGCCUCUCAUCCAGGACAAUCCGGAGUGCCUCAAAAUGGUUAUCUGUGGAAUGCGUUACCAUCUCCUGUCUCCUGAGGACCGAGAGGAACUGGGUGAGAGCAGUCGUCCACGGCGCAAGAAACAUGAUUUCCGCAUCGCACUGUUCGGUGGCUCACAGCCACAGUCCUGCCGCUACUUUAACCCCAAGGACUACAGCUGGACCGAUAUCCGCUGCCCCUUUGAGAAACGGCGCGAUGCAGCAGCUGUUUUCUGGGACAACGUUGUGUACAUCCUCGGAGGAUCACAGCUUUUCCCUAUUAAAAGAAUGGACUGUUAUAAUGUGGUGAAGGACAGCUGGUACUCCAAACUGGGGCCUCCGAACCCCAGAGACAGUCUGGCAGCCUGCGCAUCCAAGGGCAAGAUCUACACUUCGGGUGGCUCGGAAGUUGGGAGCUCUGCAUUAAACCUAUUUGAGUGCUAUGACACUCGGACAGAGACGUGGCAGAACAAACCCAGCAUGCUCCAGCCUCGCUGCAGCCACGGCUCGGUGGAGGCUUACGGUCUGAUCUACGUAUGCGGAGGCAGCCUGGGGAAUAACGUAUCCGGCAGAGUUCUCAACAAUUGUGAAGUGUAUGACCAUAACACAGAGGAAUGGAGGGUGCUAUGCGGUAUGAGGGAGGCCAGGAAGAACCACGGCUUGGUGGUAGUCAACUCAAGGAUCUACGCUGUGGGUGGACAAAAUGGUCUCGGUGGUCUUGACUCAGUGGAGUAUUAUGAAAUAGGCAGUAACGAGUGGAAAAUGGCAUCGCCGAUGCCGUGGAGAGGUGUGACAGUGAAGUGUGCAGCCGUGGGCUCCAUCAUUUAUGUGCUGGCCGGGUUCCAGGGAGUGGGCCGUUUGGGUCAUAUCAUGGAGUACCACACCGAGACAGACAAAUGGGUGAUGUCGAGCAAAGAGCGUGCCUUCCCUGUCACCAGCUGCCUCAUCUGUGUGGUGGACACCUGUGGAGCCAACGAGGAAGAAAUUAGCUUUUUUCAUGAGCCUUCACCAUCAACAUCCUCUGCCUCAUCAUCUUCCACGUCUGCAGCUCCUCCAGCACAUGGACAAUGCUAAUUUUGAGUGUGAGCUACUAGAUUUUUUCUUUGUGUGUGUGUAAAUUAUGUACAGGUUGUGAGCUACAGACUCUGAGAUACUUUUUAUUGUUUUUGGAUUUGUGAGGGUUUUUGUCGUUGUUUGUUUUUUAAUGAAUGGCUGAGAAAGUAUUGGCUUUCUUGUAAGAAUGUUUUCAUCAUUAUUUUUGUUAUUAGUUCUAUUGUGAUUUUUUUUGUUGGUUUGUUGGGGGUUUUUUGUAGCAAACUGUCACUUUUGCUAUUGUUGGUGUAUCAUGCAAAAUAUCAGUCACACUACUUUUAAUAUGUUUUAUACAUUUAAUUUUUUAUGUUUUGUCACAAAUGCCUGUUUUAUACCUUUUAUGUUAUGUGUAUCUGUGAAAGAUUGCAAAUGUUUAUUCAAUUUAAAUAAUAAA